UCACUUCCGGAAGUCUUCCUAGUUUUCACGUUUGGCGUCUGGUCCCUCACGAGCUGAACGGAAGAGCCAAGCCGGUAAUUUUUCCACGAAAGUCCGGAAGUUGACAUGGCCUCGGUUUGGUCGCCAGACUAACUUCAGUGCCACCGGGUAAGGUAAUGAUAAAAAACAGACCAGUGGUGGAAGUUACAGUAAAACUUGUGGGGUACUUGAACGUUGCUUGAUCAUUCGCCUGGGUGUGAUUAUAGGCUGGCUUUAACAAUUCCAAUAAAUAAAUAAAAAAACAGGUAAAAAAGAUAAACAGCUUUGUCACAAUCAAAACAUCCCGGCAGCGGACAGUCUGGACUCAGUGAAAUUUAAAGAUCUGUGUGGAUGAGAGCUACUGUACGUGGGUACCGUCUCUACUUCUGUGCCAUUCUGAUACUGCAGUCUUCAUUUCAAUGUGGGAAACUUUUGCACAGGGUGAGUCCCCGUACAACAGAUCAACCUACCGCUACACUCCUCUGCUAGCCUGGCUUCUCACCCCCAACAUCUAUCUCAGCACGGUGUUUGGCAAGAUCCUGUUCAUUGUAUGUGAUGUGCUGUCAGGACUGCUCAUCUACAGAAUCCUCCGCCUGCAAGGUCUGGGCUCUCAGACUGCACGUCGUGUUUCUUCUCUGUGGCUCCUCAACCCACUGCCCAUGGGUGUAUCCAGCCGAGGGAACGCCGAGUCCAUCCUGGCAGCCCUGGUGCUGGGGACAUUACUCUGUAUGGAAGGCCGGCAUCUCACAUGGGCAGCUAUUCUGUAUGGCCUGUCAGUCCAUAUGAAGAUCUACCCCAUUACAUAUGCUCUGCCCAUGGCCCUGAGCCUGCGCACGCCAGAGACCAGGGCAGCGGAGGACAAACGGGGGUGGAGGAGGUUUAUCGGGUUCAUCGGAAGCUUCCUCAACGCAGAGCUGUUCCUCUUUGCAAGUGUGGCCGGAGGAGUUUUCUGUAUACUCACAGCACUCUUCUAUUACAUGUAUGGCUGGGAGUUCCUUCAUGAGACCUACUUGUACCAUCUGACCAGAAGGGACAUCAGACACAACUUCUCUCCGUACUUCUACAUGCUCUACCUCACUGCAGGUAUUCACCCUAUCCG